AAAACAUCCACCCUUCACCACACACACAUACACACACAUAUACACACACACAUACACACCACCAGGAACCCAUUUCACAAUUAACGGAUAAGGCGACAAACACUUGUCAACAACUCAGCUCGGAACGUUUAUUUCCUCACAUCGCAAUGAAAUGAGGGGAGCAUGGGGGCCAAAGAGUCGAGGAUAGGAUUCCUGUCGUAUGACGAGGCCGUUAAGAGAGUCACUGAUGUGGAGUUGAAACGGCUGAAGGAUGCCUUCAAAAGAACCAGCGGUCUCUCCUAUUAUAUGACCCAGCAAUGCUUUUACAGAGAAGUACUGGGAGAUGGAGUUCCCCCUAAAGUAGCAGAGGUGAUCUACACCUCAUUCGGAGGCUCGUCCAAAGGGCUGCACUUUAACAAUCUGAUUGUUGGUCUGGUGCUGCUCACCCGAGGACGCGAUGAGGAGAAGGCAAAGUACCUCUUCAGCCUGUUUGCCAACGAGCCGAGCGGAUAUGCCGCCAGGGAAGAUAUGGAAGCCGUUCUGCAGGUCCUGGAUGGAGAAGUCCCAUCCUCCCUCAGGAAGUGCUUCACUGAGGGUGACAAGGUUAACUAUGAGCGCUUCAGGACCUGGCUGCUGCAGAACAAGGAGGCCUUCACGCUGUCAAGAUGGCUUCUGUCCGGAGGAGUGUGUGUCACGCUUACAGACGACAGCGACACACCAACUUUCUACCAAACCUUGGCAGGCGUCACACACUUGGAGGAGUCGGACAUUAUAGACUUGGAGAAGCGUUACUGGCUGCUCAAAGCCCAGUCCAGAACCGGACGCUUUGACUUGGAAACCUUCGUCCCGCUCGUGUCUCCUCCCAUCCAUGCCUCACUGAGUGAAGGAUUGUUUCACGCUUUCGAUGAGAAUCGGGACAAUCACAUUGACUUCAAGGAGAUCUCAUGUGGACUGUCUGCAUGCUGCAGGGGGCCUGUUGCUGAAAGACAGAAAUUCUGUUUCAAAGUUUUCGAUGUGGACCGUGAUGGGGUUCUGUCUCGUGAUGAGCUCCAUGAAAUGGUGGUGGCCUUGCUGGAGGUGUGGAAGGACAAUCGCACAGACACACUCCCCGAGCUGCAGAGUAGUGUGUCAGACAUCGUAGAGGGCAUAUUGAAGAUGCAUGACACAACCAAGUUGGGUCACCUGACCCUAGAGGACUACCAGAUCUGGAGUGUGAAAAGUGCUUUGGCCAAUGAGUUCUUAAACCUGCUUUUCCAGGUUUGUCACAUAGUCCUGGGGCUCAGGCCUGCUACUCCUGAGGAGGAGGGACAAAUCAUCAGGGGUUGGCUAGAGAGGGAGAGCAGACAUGGGCUGCAGCAAGGCCAAAACUGGUUCCUCAUCUCCAUGCUGUGGUGGCAGCAGUGGAAGGACUAUGUCAAAUACGAGCAUAAGGGCAUCGUGGUGGAGCAGCCAUCCAUCUUGAGUUCCCUGCGAACCCCGAUGGCAACAGCCACAGUAGAGCCAGCACCUCCAGACAGACUGGGAGGACUGGGAGGAGCCCACAGUCCUGUCAGCCCACUGAGGAGAGGUCACCUGAUGCUGUGUCCAGUGCCUCCGAGGCCACAGACAGCCCUGAGUCCACAGGUAGCUCCCUCAGCAGAGAGCUGUUUUGCCCGUCAGCACAACGUGUCAGACAACAACAAUCAGUGUUUUUCUGGAGCCAACGGUCACCUCCCCUCGCAGCUGGCCGCACAAAGACCUGGAGCCAUCGACAACCAGCCGCUGGUCAACACCGACCCCAUGAAGGGAUCAAAAGGUGACGCGGAGAUCAAAAGACAAUACAUUAAUAAGUUAGAUGUGAUCCAGAUCUUUGAAAGAUGA